AUGGACGCAGAUGUACAGGAAGAUAAUAUUGACAUAAUAGUCCAAAUAGAUGAUCCUCCAUCGAAACACGUAUCAGUCAGUUUAAAUCCCGGAGAAAAUUUAUCAAAGAUUCGUGAAAAACUUGAACAAAAUAGUAAAAUUAAAAUGAAUGAUACAUUAUCAUUUGCAAAUAAAAUCGUCCAAAUCAAUAAUAAAAAUAAUAAUGAAAUUUAUUUAGCUGAAGUAGCGAAAGAAGAUGAAGAAAAGAAAACUUUAGAAAAAAUUAUAAAUAAGAAAGACAAAAUUUUAUAUUUAAAAUCAGAACCUGAUUGGAAAUUUUUAAAAAAUAAACUUGGAUUAGAAUAUGGGUUCACUUCAAUGUUAGAAAAGGCUAAUAAGAAAGCAUUUACAAUAAUGGAAGAUUGUAAAAUGACAGAAAUUGUUGAUGGAUGUAAACAUAAUACAAUUGAAAUCGAUUUAGAGAAAGAUAAGAUUAUGAAAAAUGAUUUCCUUUUAGCUGCGGACACUAACGUAUUAAAAACAACAUUUGGAAAUUCGAAAAUUAAAGAAUCCAAUUGCGAAACUAAUUUAACUUGUACGAUAAGUGAAUAUAGUAAAGUAUCUUUAAAAUUCAGAUUGCAACCAGACUCUGAAUUUAUUAAAGAAAUUAAGGAUGCAAUAGAAUCCAAAGACCAUAGAAACUUUAAGAAAAUCACUGAGGAAUAUGGUCAAUUCAUUCCAACGGAAAUUAUUUUGGGCGGAAGAGCUUAUUUUAAGAGCUCAAAUAUCUCAAGGAAUUGUUCUGAAGAAAAUUCUAAUAGAUUUGAUAUAAAUGCAGGCGGCCAGAAUUCAAAUAUAGGAAUAGAAAGUACUACAGAAAAUUUAAGCAGAAAUAUUAAUAACUCUAAAUAUGAAUGUUUUAAAUUAAUUGGAGGACGACAACUUGGCAUUAGUAACUUUGAUGAAAAAGAUUGGGCUGAAUCUUUAAGGGAUUUUAGAAAUUGGAGUUGCAUAAAAUUUAAGGAUUCCAUCAGUAUAUUUCAACCCUUAUCUGAAAAUUUACGUAAGCAAAUUUUAUCAACAGUCGGAAAAAAGAUACUUUAUACAAAUACUGAAGAUUAUACAUAUUAUUUAUUUGAAUAUGCAAAACCAAAAGUAUUUAUAUUAAAUAUACCAGAAAAUAUUUUAAAGAUUAUUCAAAACAAAGAUAGUGAUUGUAGUAUCUUUGCAACAGUUAUGGACGAAAAAGAAAAAGAUAUUUUUAAUUGUCAAGUCGUUUGGUCACAAAAUGAAGACCCAAAACUUAUAAUUCAUUGUAUUCAAAAAAAAUUUAAAAAACGUAAAUGUAAAUUGAGGAUUAGUUGGAUGAUUAUUGGUUAUGAUCUAAAUUUUGAUUUUAGCCAUUCGGAAAAUAAUAUACAAUUUAAAGUUCAAAAAUAUCAUUUUAACGCGUCAGCAGGCCAUCAAACCACGAUCAAAUCAUUAGAUUUAGGAUAUAAUUCAUCAGUUCUUUGUUUUGGAAUUCCUGUAUUAAAUAAGUUGAACUCUUCAAAUAAUUCUCUUGUCAUUAAUCAUCAUUUUUUCAAUGAUCAAAAAAGUGGAAAAAUUGGAUUAUAUGCGUUCUCUUAUUGUUUAGAAAAAAAUCAUUAUGUUGAUUUACCUGAUUUUACUUUUACUAUACUUAUUAUUUCAACUUAUCCUAAUUCUGAUGAUUAUGGAAUAUUACCUAUUAAACAUAAUUAUAAGAUAAAAAAUUUGUUUAAUUUUAUUAAAUAUAAUCCUUUAAAACAAAAACCAAAAUUUUUAAGUUUAUAUUCUAUGGGAGAAAAUUGUGGUCCGAACUUUCUAAAACAAAAAAUUAAUCAAAUUAAAGUAAAAUCUAUUGAUAUUAAAAAAUGUAAUCAAGAAGAUUGCAUUUGUAAAAGUAAAAAAUUAACGAAAUCAGAAAAUAAUCUGAAAUAUGCAUUCUUGGAAUCAUUUGAGGUUACGAAAGAGAAAUCACCUUGGUUACUGGAAAAUUCAAAAUUUUUUAGCGUAUAA